CCGGCGGCGGCGGCCGCCAUGGCCCAGUGCGUGCAGUCGGUGCAGGAGUUCAUCCAGGACUCGUUCGUGCCCUUGGUGGCCGCGCUGUGCAGCGAGGAGGCGGAGCGGCUCACCCGCAGGAACAACCUCAGCUUCGCCGAGCUGGUCAGGCCCUUCUGCCGCCUCACCUCGGAAGUUCACAUGAGAGAUCCUAAUAAUCAGCUUCACAUCAUUAAAAAUUUGAAGAUUGCUGUCAACAACAUCAUUACUCACCCACCUCAGCCCGGUGCCAUUCGGAAACUUUUGCAUGAUGUUGUGUCUGUCAGUCAGCCUGCUGAAGGACUGGUAGCUAAUGUGAUCACAGCUGGAGAUUAUGAUCUCAACAUCAGUGCUACUACUCCUUGGUUUGAGUCUUACAGAGAGUGCUUUCUUCAGUCCAUGCCUGCCUCUGAUCAUGAAUUCUUAAACCACUAUGUUGCAUGUAUGCUGGUAGUUUCUUCUAGUGAACCUGACCCUGUUGAGCAGUUCCUGAAGCUGUCCCAAGAACAACACCGGAUUCAGCACAGCAAUGAAUACUCAUAUCCCAAGUGGUUUAUCCCAAACACACUCAAAUAUUAUGUGUUACUGCAUGAUGUAAGCACAGGAGAGGAACAAAGAGCUGACUCCAUUUAUGAAGAGAUGAAACAGAGAUAUGGAACUCAGGGUUGCUAUUUGCUGAAAAUAAAUUCUCGGGUGUCUAAUAGAGGAGCAGACGAGCAGAUACCAGAUCCUUGGAGUCAGUACCUUCAGAAAAACACUAUCCAAAACCAGGAUUCCUAUGAAGAUUAUACUGUUUCAAACAAGAAUACUGAUCACUUGAUAUCAGAUGGCACAGACACUGAAAUUAAAGAUGGCUUGUCAAAUAACUUUAAGACUCACCCCCUUCAACUGGAUCAUCCCAGUGGCAGUUUGGAUAGCACUGAUUACAUGAAGGCUUCUACAUCACUGCAAGACUCAAAGAAGUCAAAUUCUGGGACACCUCAUGGUGCUUGUUUAACUCUCACAGAUCACGAUCGAAUUAGGCAGUUCAUACAGGAAUUCACAUUUCGGGGACUUUUGCCACACAUAGAGAAAACAAUUCGACAACUCAAUGAUCAGUUAAUAUCCAGGAAGGGCUUGAGCCGAUCGCUGUUUUUUGCUACUAAAAAAUGGUUUAGUGGCAGCAAGGUUCCAGAGAAAAGUAUAAAUGAACUCAAGAAUACUUCUGGUUUGCUGUAUCCACCGGAAGCACCAGAGCUUCAAAUCCGGAAAAUGGCAGAUUUGUGCUUUUUGGUGCAACACUAUGAACUUGCAUAUAGCUGUUACCAUACAGCAAAGAAAGACUUCUUAAAUGAUCAGGCAAUGCUUUAUGCAGCUGGAGCACUGGAAAUGGCAGCAGUAUCAGCUUUUCUUCAGCCUGGAGCUCCUAGGCCAUAUCCUGCUCAUUAUAUGGAGACAGCAAUUCAGACCUAUCGAGAUAUCUGCAAGAACAUGGUUCUGGCUGAACGCUGUGUACUGCUUAGUGCUGAAAUCUUAAAAAGUCAAAGCAAAUAUUCAGAGGCAGCUGCUCUUCUGAUUCGUUUAACCAGUGAGGAUUCAGAUCUUCGCAGUGCACUGCUGUUGGAGCAGGCAGCCCAUUGUUUUAUAAACAUGAAAAGUCCCAUGGUUAGAAAGUUUGCAUUUCAUAUGAUAUUGGCUGGCCACAGAUUUAGUAAAGCAGGCCAGAAGAAACAUGCCUUACGUUGCUACUGUCAAGCCAUGCAGGUUUACAAAGGGAAAGGCUGGUCACUUGCAGAAGACCACAUUAACUUCACCAUCGGUCGUCAGUCCUUUACGCUUCGCCAGCUGGACAAUGCUGUGUCUGCCUUCAGGCAUAUUUUGAUCAAUGACAGUAAACAACCUCCAGCUCAGCAAGGGGCUUUUUUAAGAGAAUAUCUUUAUGUCUAUAAGAAUGCAACCCAGCUGUCACCUGAUGGUCCCUUACCGCAGCUUCCUUUACCAUAUAUUAACAGCUCAGCAACUCGUGUUUUCUUUGGCCAUGAUCGAAGACCAGCAGAAGGUGAAAAGCAGGCAGCUACACACGUAAGCCUGGAUCAGGAGUAUGACUCAGAAUCAUCACAACAGUGGAAGGAGCUCGAGGAGCAGAUUGUGGCUGUGAUAAAUAAAGGAACAGUACCUUCAAACUUUCAACCAACACAGUUCUGUUUAAAUCGCUACUCAGAUAACUCCAAAUUUCCACUUGCUGUGAUAGAAGAACCAAUAACUGUAGAAGUGUCCUUCCGAAACCCUCUGAAAGUUCCACUUCUUUUGACUGACCUUUCAUUGCUGUGGAAGUUUCAGCCCAAAGACUUCAGUGCAAAGCAUGAUGGAGAAACAAAAGAGCAGGGUACGUGCGAUGAAGAUAUGGUAGGAACUGAAGCAAUAGCAGAAUUUUUAAUUAAUAGUGAGGAGACCAAAGUGGCAAGACUAAAGCUCUUUCCCCAUCAAACAGGGGAGCUACAUAUUCUGGGAGUCGUUUAUAAUCUUGGCAGUGUUCAAGGUGCUGUGUCAUUAGAUGGGAUAGAUCCUUCUAUUGGAUUACAGACAGGCAAGUUUGUUUCCAAUGGGUUAUCUGUACGAGGACGACAAGAUUUAGAAAUCCAAGGACCUCGACUUAAUAACACAAAAGAGGAAAAAACAUCAAUUAAAUAUGGACCUGAUCGACGUUUAGAUCCCAUUAUUACAGAAGAAAUGCCUUUGUUGGAGGUGUUCUUUAUAAAUUUUCCUACAGGGCUUCUCUGUGGAGAAAUCAGAAAAGCAUAUGUAGAAUUUGUGAACGUAAGCAAGUGUCCUCUUACUGCACUGAAGGUCGUGUCCAAGCAUCCAGAAUUUUUCACUUUUGGUGGAAAUACUGCUGCUCUAACACCACUAAGUCCUUCAGCCUCUGAGAACUGUAGUGCUUACAAGACUGUUGUGACAGAUCCUACCUCUGUGCGAACAGCACUGCUGUCUUCAGCUUCUUCUGCAGACUUUGGGGUUGGCAUGGGAGGUUCACCUGAAGUAAUACAGGUUCCACUUCCUGAUGCUGUUCUUCUCCCUGGGGCUUCAGUGCAGCUGCCAAUGUGGUUACGGGGACCAGAUGAAGAAGGUGUUCAUGAAAUUAACUUCUUGUUUUACUAUGAAAGUAUUAAAAAGCACUCAAAAAUGUGUCAUAGAGUAUUAAGGCACACUGCAGUUAUUUGUACCAGCCGGUCUCUGCACGUUCGGGCUACUGUCUGCAGAAGUAAUGCACUUGGGGAUGAAGAAGGCAGAGGAGACAACAUGUUGCUCUUUGUGGAUGUAGAAAAUAUCAAUACUAGUGAGACGGGUGUUAAGGAAUUUCAUAUAGUGCAAGUUUCAAGCAAUAGCAAGCACUGGAAGCUUCAAAAAUCUAUUAACAUCUCUGGAGACAAAGAUACUAAACUAGCUAGCAGAGAGAGAGCGAAGUUGUGUUUUAAAGCAGUGAGAUGCAAAAACUCGGAAGAAAAUUACACUUUUGCAGAUAUUGUCUUUGGAAAUGAGCAGAUAAUAAGUUCAGCCAGUCCUUGUGCAGACUUUUUUUUCCAAAGCUUAUCCUCUGAAUUUAAAAGAACUCAAGUGCAAUCUCAUGCUCAUGCAUCUCAAAGGGCAAUGAAACAAUCAUUUGAUGAAACAGUCAGAUUGAUACAAAGGUGCAGUGAAGUUGAUUUGAACAUUGUGGUACUGUGGAAGGCAUAUGUUGUGGAAGACAGCAAGCAGCUUAUCUUGGAGGGCCAGCAUCAUGUUGCCCUUAACACAGUUGGGAAGGAGGCCUUUUCAUUUCCUCAGAAGCAGGAACUACCAGAAACGGUUCUCUUAAAGUUUUUUCGACCAGAAAACACACCGGUGCCUGCAAGACCAACACCAGAGCAGCUUUCUAAUCUUAUUAAGACAAGUCUUCAUUAUCCAGAGUCUUUCAAUCAUUCUUUUCAUCAAAAAAGCCUCUGUCUGGUACCUGUCACUCUCCUACUUUCCAAUUGUUCCCAGGCUGUUGUAGAUGUGAUGAUUGAUUUGAGGCAUAAACCAACAAGCUCCGAAGCACUAGAAAUACAUGGAUCUUUUACAUGGCUUGGGCAAACACAGUACAAGCUUCAGCUUAAAGGCCAGGAGGUCUAUAGCUUGCAGCUCAAGGCUUGCUUCGUCCAUACAGGUGUCUAUAACCUUGGAACCCCCAGAGUAUUUGCCAAGCUCGUGGACCAAGUUACUUUGUUUGAAACAAGUCAGCAGAACUCUAUGCCUGCACUGAUUAUUAUCAAUAAUAUCUGACUACUUCUUGGAAAAAAAAAAAAGCACUAAAAGACAAAAUAAAUGGGAUUCUUUUCUUACAUUGCUGGUUGACAUUUUUGCUGCAGUUUUUUUGAAAUAGCACCUCAGACAUCUAACUUGUUACUAAAGAUCGUGUAGAAAAGAAAAUAGCAAAAUAUUCAGAUGACUUGUUAGUUUGUUUCUCGAUGCAAUGCACGUUGGACUGAAAAUACAUUUAUCCUUUUAUAACGUAUUUCUUCUCUGGUAAUUAAGAUAUUCAUAACAUAAAAUUCUCUAACUGCAGAUCUGAACAUACUUGUAUGUCCAAUGCCCUGUCAAAAAUGCAGCUUGACUGCUGCUACAACUUCCAGCAUGGUGUGUUUAAUAUUUGUGGCUGUAUUAGGAUACAGUUCAGGAAUAAAGUCUCAUUGGCUUUUACCUGUCUGAAGCCAUUAGUAAUGGUAAAUCCCAACCUUACUGUGAAGUUCAAUAAGGUCUCUCAAAUCCGUUUCUAAUUCUCGGUUCUUCAGUUUUAAGAUUUUGGUUUCUUAUUUGUGGAAACUGGUGGUUUUCAAGGUUUACAUAAAAGUCCACCUAGGGUGUUCAGAAAAAUAAUUUGAACCAGUUUGAGUGUUUUCUCAUUCAUCUCAAAACAGAAUGCACUAUUUCACAACCAUGAGAUUGUCAUUUAAAUUGUCACUUACUUUAUUAUGUAACUAUAACAUCUGAUCUGUUUAAAAAAUCUACUCAAGAUUUUCAAGAAAUGUAUUAUAUUUAUAACAAAUGUACUGUAAAUAGA